ACGAAAGCCCACGCGAGCUGAUAGCACUCAUUACGACUGCUCUUCAGCCAAGCAUCGGCAUGGUGGAUGGACGGUGCAUCGACCAUGCACACUAAGGAGCAAACACUUGGGCGCUGAGGAAAUGGAAAAAUCAAACAUUUUCGGAAGCAACCGGCGUACACGGUCGCAAAACUUUCCCACUCGUUCAUCCCAACCCACGAUUUGCUGUUGCUGUUUUAGAGGCCCAAAUGAACGCCCUUCGUGUCGCUCAAAGGGCGCGUACGCUCAGCAGGGCUACAGCAGGCACCUCCCAACUGCGUCGUGCAUCUACCAUUUCCGUCGUCUCUCAUACUUCCUCGGUAAACGCACUCCCACUUGCGAACGUUGAGGCUCAGUGGGAAAAACUCAGUAAGGAAGAGCAAUUAGACGUAUAUCGUCAGCUGGAGGAGCUACAGAAAAGGGAUUGGAAAACUUUGAGUAUCGAUGAGAAGAAGGCUGCAUACUAUGUUGCUUUUGGUCCACAUGGUCCUCGUACUCCCACUAACCCCCCUGGGACUUCUGUAAAGAUCGCCGUAUCCGUUGCAGGCGCUAUCGCUGCUGCUACCGUGCUUUGGACUUUUUCCAGGGCAUAUGCUCCUCCUCCACCAAAGACCCUAUCGAAAGAAUGGCAAGAGGCAUCGAACGAAUACGCUCGGGAACAGAACAUCAAUCCUAUCGCCGGUGUCUCUUCGAAGGAAUACAAGGGCACAGGUUUUGUACAGUCGUAAACUUACACUGCUUCGCACGACUUCGAAAAAUAAUGCUUGUCCUACAAUCCGCCACCCCCUUAUCUAAUAUUCAUUCUUCCCCAACGGAUUCUUAACCAACACUGAGCACGUUCUCAAGUAGCUCAAUGACGACACCGUGAGAACCACGGUUAACGUACUUACACUAACCAGCGCUUAAACAUCUCGCCAGAGUAUAUUCAGCAAAUAUGAUAUGUUGCCUCAGUGGUCUCUUCCUAUCACAGGUAUGCGCGCGUAUAUCGAAUUGCGUGUAUGUCGUACAUCAGUCCAUGUCAUGCCUAACGUCAAGUGAGCACAGUAAAGCGGAAAAAGGUAAAGGAAAUGGGAGUGCGC